CACUUACAGUUCGUCCUCCUAAUGCAAGGUUUUUGUGAACCUGAAGUGCCAAAACGUUUUUUUAUCACCCGCAGUAGAACGUUGUCCGAUUUUUGUGAAUAAGUAACUAAAUUUGUUUUUACUACAAUGGCUAUGUCAACUUUGAAGACUCCAGUUCUCAACAGCAUUGCAAAACGCUGUUACGCCACAAAAACGGCGGCGCUAUCCGUCAAGGGACCAGAAAUUCAAACCAAAAAGUUACCAAACAACACUUUGGUUGUGGCUGCUCCCUCUUAUCCUACCAAAAUCGGUCGCAUUUCAGUCACAUUCCUGGCCGGUUCGCGUUAUGAAGAUCCUGAAAACGCAGGUAUUUCAAACCUAAUACGUAGUAACGCAGGACUUUCUACUUCUUCGUCAACUACGUUUGCAAUUUUGCGUAACUUGGGUCAUUUGGGUGCCAACUACUAUGUUAGUUCUGAUCGUGAAACCAUCACUUACACUAUUGAGGCCCACAAGGACAAUCUCAUCGAAGGUCUGAAAUACUAUAUUGAGUCUAUUUCACAACAAACGUUCAGGCCAUGGGAGUUGACUGACAACCAAAACCGUGUGGAAUAUAAUUUAUCGUUUACGCCACCAGAAUUAAGAGCUCUGGACUUCGCACAUAAGGCUGCUUACAGAGACACUCUCGGUAACUCAGUAAUUUUGCCUAAGUAUAACAUAAAAAAAUUGGGUUCCGAACAUCUACUAUACUACGUCAAGAAGAACUUUACCACUGACAAUGCAAUAAUUUCAAGUAUAGGAGUGGAUUUAGAUACACUAGCUCGUGUGUCUGAAGACUUAAAUUUACCCAAAAGUCAAGAUCGCAAUGUGGCCAAAGCUAAAUACUACGGUGGUGACGUUAGGAAAGCAAAAGAUUUAAAUACUACUUAUUUAGCUGUUCUUGGCGAGGGUAUCAAGUAUGGAGACUCUCAAAGUGCUGCGUUUGCUGUGCUUGAAUAUCUGUUGGGCAAAGGAUCAUCUGUAAAAUGGAAUAACGGUCAAGGAGUAUUAGAGCAAAGUAUCUUAAAAGCUGGCGUAUCUGGCAACUUUGCUGUAUCUGCGAUAAACCUUAAUUACUCAGAUUCUGGCGUUUUGGGCUUUGUGUUAGCAUACAGCGGUAAAGAUUCUAGCAAAGCACUAAAUGCUGCUGUACAGAGUUUAAAAUCCCCAACAAUUACUGACGCAGAAGUGGCUAGAGCCAAGAAACAACUAUUAUAUUCACUCGUUUCAACUUCAGAGAACGGUUCUCAAUUUUUGCAACAUAUUACUUACCAAGCAUCCGUCAGUGGAAAUGUGCUUCCCCUUGAAAAAUUAGUGUCUGCUGUUGAAAAAGUCAGUGUUGAAGACGUAAAGAAAGCCGCCAGCAAAGUAGCCAGUAGCAAAUUAUCAUUAGGUGGUUACGGUGAUGUAGCCAGUACAGCUUAUUUGGACAGUUUGUAAUUUAGACUAAUAUUUAAUAUUUAAAAUCCUCAAUCGUUAUUAGUGGUUUGAACUUCACUGAGCCUAUUGUUUAUUUAUAAAAAUGUCUCAACCAUUCAUACUGUCUGUUAUGUAAUUAAUUACAUUUGUGUAUUAAAAUAAUAUGUACUUGUCAUUUGACAAAAUAAAAUAGAAACUUAAAAUAAUUGUAUUUUUUUUUAAACAAAAUUUACAAUGCAUACAAUUUUUAUUAAAACAAAUUUGCUUAAAUUUUUAUAAUUAUUUUAUUGUAGUAAGACCAUACGAUCACUUGCGACCCUUUUUUUUUUUGCUUCCACCGGCUUCAUUUUUGGAUUGGUUUUGCUCCGGUCCACUAGCUUUUGUAACCCGACUUUUCAGUUUUGGAAUUUGUACUCCACAGUGUUUCAUUAUACUUACACCUAUUAGAACAAUAUUUUUUAGGCAACAAUAAAAAGGUUGUUUGUUUUUA